AUGGCGGAAGCGGCGUUGAGGAUUGCGGCUGCGGGGAGUCCCUGUUCCUCAUCGAGGCUUAUCGGGGGCCGCUCCCGGAGGCAGCGAGGGCACCCGCUCUCACUGCCAUCAUGUCGACGCCUCCUCGCGCUGAACAGCUCCGCUCUCCGUCCCUCCUCGUCAUUGUCCUCGGAGUUCUUCGGCAUCGUUCGACUGGUCUCCAGGUCGGCGGUGCCGACGUCUCCGGGACGCAAGGGGAGGGUUUCUGUUGUCGCCAUGGCUGGUGAUGGUGAGACUCCUGCUCCAGUUUGGUCUUUGAUUCUUCCACCCGCUCCCGCCCUCCCUCCGUCUUGCUGCUGGAGAUAUUGUUGAAGUCUGAGAUUUUAAUUCAUGCUUACCAUUUGAGUGAUCCUGGCUCUUCUUCCGAUAGUCUGUGGCGGUAGCGUCUUAGCCAUGGCCAUCGAAAUUGGUCGAAGCUGAUUGCAAGAUUCUUUUUUGAGAAGUUUUUAUCGUUGUUUUUAGUUAUCUCAUGAAGAAAAUUUCAAUAUUUUUUAUCUUAUUAAGGAUUGUUAAAUUGUCUUCUUAUUGAGAUAGCAGAGCAUAUGUUCUGUUUAAUAGACCAAUGCACAUUUAUAUUAAAAUUAUGUAUCACAAGUUUUAUUUUACUGAUACAAAUUUGGUUUUUCUAUUGGUAGGCAGAUGCUUGACUACUUUUUUCCAUAAUUUCUCUCUAUGGCAUGUCCCACAUACUGACGAUUCCUAUGGCUAAUAAUAAAUGAAGCUUCAUUCCGUGAUUUCCUACAUUUUGUUCUGGUGCAAAAGUAUGAUGCAUACUGCCUAUCGUUUAAUUUUUAUAGGAAGAAAAAUAGUGUUGAAGCUGAAAAGGCAAAACAUGAGAUUACUGACAUACUUGACGGAGAAUCUUCUGCAAGUUUCAUUUUCGUUUUUGUUUGGCAUGAUACUAAAAAAAAAUGCAUGCAUUUAGCGUAAUUCUAUGCAUUCUCUUUCUUCUUGGAUCUUCUAGUAGUAGAAAAAUUCUCUUAUAUGGCAGCAAAUCGUCUAUGAUUUAGAUGUAUAAGUUUCUUAUCGAUUUUUGCCUGAUUUGGCUCACAGAUUCAAAAAGACAAGUGCCACUUAAGGAUUAUCGGAAUAUUGGAAUUAUGGCCCAUAUUGAUGCGGGGAAAACUACCACUACAGAACGAAUUCUGUACUACACUGGAAGGAACUAUAAAAUUGGGGAGGUGCACGAAGGAACAGCUACCAUGGAUUGGAUGGAACAAGAGCAAGAAAGAGGAAUCACAAUAACAUCUGCUGCAACGACCACUUUUUGGAACAAUCACAGGAUUAACAUUAUUGACACGCCCGGUCAUGUUGAUUUUACUCUUGAAGUUGAACGUGCUCUCAGGGUCCUUGACGGUGCAAUCUGCUUGUUUGAUAGCGUUGCAGGCGUAGAACCACAAUCCGAAACUGUAUGGAGACAAGCUGAUAAAUAUGGAGUCCCCAGGAUAUGCUUUGUCAAUAAGAUGGAUAGACUAGGAGCCAACUUUUUCAGAACAAGAGACAUGAUUGUGAAAAACUUGGGAGCUAAUCCCCUCGUGCUACAAUUACCUAUUGGUGCCGAAGAUAGAUUCCAAGGAGUAAUUGACCUUGUGAAAAUGAAAGCUGUGGUCUGGUCAGGUGAGGAGUUGGGUGCGAAGUAUGCAUAUGAGGAUAUACCAUCUGAUCUCGAAGAUUUGGCUCUGGAAUAUAGAAAUCUGAUGAUUGAAAACGUGGUAGAACUUGAUGAUGAAGCAAUGGAAAACUAUCUCGAAGGAGUAGAACCUGAUGAAGAAACCCUUAAAAAACUAAUUAGGAUGGGAACAAUAUCUAGUAAGUUUGUUCCAGUUAUGUGUGGCUCAGCAUUCAAGAACAAAGGUGUGCAGCCAUUACUGGAUUCUGUUGUCGAUUAUUUGCCGUCACCACUUGACUUGCCGUCAAUGAAGGGUACUGACCCUGAGAACCCAGAGUUGACACUUGAAAGAGUUGCCAAUGACAAUGAACCAUUUUCUGGGCUUGCUUUCAAGAUUAUGAGUGAUCCUUUUGUGGGAUCCCUAACAUUUGUGAGAGUGUACUCUGGCAAGUUAACUGCCGGCUCUUAUGUUCUCAAUGCAAACAAAGGGAAGAAGGAGAGAAUUGGAAGACUCCUUGAGAUGCAUGCUAACAGUAGAGAGGAUGUAAAAUCAGCUUUAACAGGUGAUAUUGUUGCUCUCGCUGGUCUUAAAGAUACAAUCACAGGCGAGACAUUAUGUGAUCCAGAGAAGCCUGUUGUACUGGAACGGAUGGAUUUCCCGGAUCCUGUUAUCAAGGUCGCCAUAGAGCCCAAGACCAAGGCUGAUGUUGAUAAGAUGGCACUUGGACUCAUUAAGCUUGCUCAAGAAGACCCAUCAUUCCACUUUUCUCGGGAUGAAGAAACCAAUCAAACCGUCAUUGAAGGCAUGGGAGAGCUGCACCUUGAAAUCAUUGUUGAUCGAUUGAAGAGAGAAUUCAAGGUGCGUUACUUUGGGUUGUCGUCUGUUCACUGGUUAUUGCUUCAUUCCCUCUGCUAUUUAGUUCUUUUUUCCUACCCAGACAUUCUUUCCCAUUAUAUACGAAGAAAUGGAUCUAAUCCAGUAAGAAAAUCUUUUAAUCACCCAAUUCUCCUGGUUAGAGAGGAUUAUGAUUACGUAGUCAUUGUAAAACCUUUUUUUCUUUUUUCCUCUACAUCCUCCACAUCCCAGAUACCAUAUGUGUCUGUUCAUUAACUCCAUUGAGCCCCAAAUCUCUGUACAAUCCCAUGAAUUGAUAAGAGCAUCCCCCCUCUCCCCCACCAAGCAUCAAGCAAAUCAUCUGGGAUGAUGCUAACUUGAAAACUUCUGUCGUCCUCUCGUUCUGCUGAAUGCGCAGGUCGAAGCAAAUGUCGGCGCACCUCAGGUCAACUACCGGGAGAGCAUUUCAAGAAUCUCAGAAGUGAAGUAUGUUCAUAAGAAGCAGUCUGGCGGGCAAGGUCAGUUCGCCGACAUCACUGUCAGGUUUGAGCCCAUGGAAGCAGGCAGUGGGUAUGAGUUCAAGAGCGAGAUAAAGGGUGGCGCCGUGCCCAAGGAGUACAUACCGGGAGUUAUGAAGGGGUUGGAGGAGUGCAUGAGCAACGGGGUCCUGGCGGGGUAUCCCGUUGUUGAUGUCCGAGCUGUGUUGGUCGACGGGUCCUAUCACGAUGUAGACUCCAGCGUAUUGGCGUUCCAGUUGGCAGCCAGGGGAGCCUUCCGAGAGGGUGUGAGAAAGGCUGCCCCCAGAAUGCUGGAGCCCGUCAUGAAGGUCGAAGUUGUUACUCCUGAGGAGCACCUGGGUGAUGUGAUUGGCGAUCUCAACUCGAGAAGAGGCGUUAUCAACAGCUUCGAUGAUAAGCCUGGUGGCUUGAAGGUACGUUGAACCUUCACAAAGUUUAAUCCUUUCGUGAAAAAGAAAAAAAAAUAAAUUCUUCUGAUCAUCACUCCUGGAAACCCAUUAAACCCAUAUUAUUCAUGGAACCUUGCCUGAAACUCUGGCGUUGACCUUCUCAAUCUUACUGGAUAUUAAAUUAAAUAUAAGAUCUUCCAAUCAUUGCUACAUGAAAAUCCAUUAGACCCAGAUUCAUGAACCCGUUUUUCCCCUCAAAACGCAGUUAAUUACUCUUGGUUUGCCUUUAAAAAAAAAGAAAAAAGUUUCUCGUGAUCAUCACUUCUGGAAAGCCAUUAAACCCAAAUUCAUGGAAACUCUGCCAUUGAUCUUCUCAAGCCUUCCGGAUCUUGAAUCAUCCAACCACAACUUUGCAUGAAAUUAAAUGAAAUAUAAGAUCUUCCAGUCGUCGCUACAUGAAAACCCAUCGGAUCCAAACCCGUUUUUUUUUUUUUUAAACCAAAAACGGAGUUCAUUACACUUGGUGCCUGCCUGUAUUUGAUGGGGGGACUUAUGCAGGUUGUGGAUGCAUUGGUGCCCUUGGCUGAGAUGUUCCAGUACGUGAGCACCCUCCGGGGAAUGACCAAAGGCCGGGCCUCCUACACAAUGCAGCUGGCCAAGUUCGACGUCGUCCCAGAGUACAUUCAGACCCAGCUCUCUUCUAAGCAGGAACCUGUCACCGCUUAG